GGUGAGUGUACUUGGAAAGAGAGAGGAACUAAUUGGUUAAAGAAUGUCUUUAACAGUACGAUUGCUCUCUCUCUCUCUGUGUGUUUGUUUCCUGAGAGUGACGGAGCCGCUCGGGUGGGCGGUGUUUGUCGGCCAAUAGGAAGCCCGAGCGUCGCCGUCGGACUCAGCUGAUCGAUGAUUCAGGGAGACGCUUUCGAAACGGCUCCACUUGUUGCCAAGCGCGAGCCGCUGUCGUUAGUUGUUCGCCGGGAUCUGAUCCAUCUUCCGUCCGUUAACACAGCAGGAGUCUGCUCCGCUGCCCGAGCAGCCGCUUCACUGCAGGGUCUCACCGCCGCCGCCUGGUUUACCGAUCUCAGGAAGUGAGGUUCGAUGUCUGCAUCAGUCCCACAUCCAUGGCCGUGUGGACGCAUCAGUCUGGUCUGUGGACUCUUCCUCCUGGCCUCCUCACCGCUCCUCGCUACAGGAAGACUGAGCAACUGCACUCACCCUCUGGUGCCAGAACAUGGAGGCUUCCGCUGCGACCCGUCUCCGUGCAGAGGUUUCCCUCAGAAGAGCUCUAUCCAUUUCUUCUGUGAGCCUGGAUACCACAUCAGCGAGGUCCGCGUCUCCAGGUGUCGCCACGGGAGGUGGCACCCUCCCAUACCUGCCUGCAUCCCUAUCAAAGAGGGUCCGAACAUGAACCCUGACCACACAUCGAAUGACUCGAUGCCCAGCGUGGCCACAACAGCGGUGGGCGUGUCCAUCUUCCUGCUCACCACCACCGCCUGCCUGGUUGUCAAGUCCCGCCUCUGCCCCUGUCAAUCACACAGCAGCCGUCGCUCCUCAGACCAGCUGGACCUGACGGUGGAUGAGCUUCCUGUCUCUCUCCCCUCCUACGAGGAGGCGGUGUACGGCAGCUGGGGGCAGCGCCUCCCCACCUGCUCCGCACCGGGUCCCACCCAGCUCCUUUUGGCGCAGGAGGCUCCCGGCUGCCCCCUCCUGUCCACCCAAACCCCUGACAGCUCCCCACCCCCGUACGAGGAGGUCCAGUCAUCGCAUCCCAGAGGCAGGAUGAGUGACGGGGAGGUCCGGCAGCUACGCGUUGCUCUGUCAGAUGACAAGGACACUUGAUUGACAGACCGUCGGGUUGACAUGUGACUGAAUUUCCAGCACACAGAGAGCAGCUGUUGAUGAAAGCAUGGUUCUGAUUGACGACAGCUUCAGCAGACUCCUGUGCUGCCUGCACUUUUCCUGGUUGGCUGCAGCUCACCAGCAUCAGGACACUCUGUCCUAUCACACGCUAUUUUGGACAAAGCUGAUAAGCUCUGUUUGUUUGUAUGAAUGAAUGAAUAUUACACAGGAGGGAGUUGACGUUCACACAAAUCUCUGCUGUCAGGUGGAAACCCUAUUUUCAAAAUCCCUUCAGGAACCAACGCCCUUGUUUUGAAGUGUGAUAAAAACACAGUGUCGUUGUUUAAAGAUGCCGUGCGUGUGUGUGUGUGUGUGUUUUCAGUGUUGUUCUGGAGACGUCACCUAUCCUUCCCGUCAGUGACGGGCUGACCGAGGCUUCCUUCAUCGAGUCGCCGUCCGGCUCGUUCCUGUUUGAGACUUUUGUGCAGCGUUUCUCUUGAUGUUGUUGAUUUGAAGCCAGCGCGGUGCGCGUACACUCGGGUGAUGGUGGCCUGGAUUUUGUGUUCAGAUAUUUGGAGACUUGGAAAUAGUUGGAAACCAGACAGUUGUUAAAAGGUUGAUGUGAAACACACAGAGACAUGUGGGUGCUUUCAUCAACCUGUUCAACCAAAUAAGAGU